CCUGAGAUAAUCACGAUAAUAUGCGAGUUAGUGAUGGCCAAGGUUCGAUCUAAGGAUGAUCCCGGAUCUUUGGCUUCUCUCUGCCGCUCAUCAAAGCGACUCAACAAUAUUGGGACGCCUAUACUUUAUUCUCAUUUCAUCGCACGCAGAGGGACCCGCAUGGUUGUAUCGUUCCUGGCAACCAUCUGCCUGCGGCCCGAACUUGGUAAAUACGUCAGAGAACUCUUCUUGAUCGACACCGCUCGAUGUGUUGUCACGGUCCAUCGUGCCAGACUCUUCUACAAAGCGGCGAUGAGAUUGGGCAUUCGAAACUUUCCUAUGGAUCUAUCAGAAUUCGAUACCAUUGCUCAAUUGCUCAUCGCUCAGACACCCAGGGUGAGAGUUGUCCACAUUUUCACGCGCAAGGCUGGUAAUAUUUACGGAGCCUGGGGUUAUACUAUACUAGCAGAAUUGGCAACUCAAGUUCCAAGGCGGGUAGAGUUAACCUAUCUACAAAGGCUCUAUAUAUCGCAUGCGCGCGCUGCUGCUGAUAUGUCCUUGCAUUUUUUUGGGGGGAUAAUAAAGCUGGCGCCGUCCAUAAGCUACCUUUACAUACACCCCUGUAGUGGGCUUAAUCCGGUUGGGACGAAUAUGAGGCCCCAACUUUCUUUCAAGAACGUGACAAGACUAUUUCUCAACGGAGGCAUGUUAUCAAGGCAUCAAAUGCAACUGAUCGUUAAUGCUUGUGGGCCGUUGAUGGCUUUCCGGUACAACUACUCGCGCCCCGGGCAUAUCGGGCCGAUCAUACGUGUGACGGGCAGAGAGAUGAUUCAGAUCCUAACGCCGCAUAAAAAUACCCUCCGCCUCAUCGAUCUCCUCCUGGACGAAAAAGGGAAAACUUGGUAUGUUAAUGAGUUGAUAGCCGGGAUCUCUGAGAAUGGUAAUCAAAUUCUCUCACUCAAACACUUCUCACAGCUUGAAACUCUGAUUGUGGAUGGACCUUCCCUUCGAUUUCCAGAAAAGAAUACGUCUCAUUACCACACGUAUAUUCUCAAGGACAUGCUACCUCAAUCGAUCCAAUCGUUCUAUAUUGCUAGCCCACAGAUGGAGUCUGUUGCAAAUCUC